GUGCACGUUAUUUUUCCUGCCACCUGUGCGCGCGUCCAAGAUAUUCAAUCGAAUGAGAUGCGGUGAGCAGGUGGCUUCAUUAGCUGGUGGACUUCCGAUAGUGAAAUGGAUAAAAACGCGAAUUCAACAAACUUCAUUUUCACUAUGCCCGGCACUGACAAGCACUUUAAACCUCUCUCUAAAUAUUCCCGGAUGGUCGCUUGUGAGCAAAAGACAGAUGUCAAUGACCCAAGAAAGUCUGAGUCAAAUCCAUUUGUAAAUUUUGAAUUUGAAUUAAUAAACAAUUCUGACAAAAGAAAAGUAGAGGACUCCUGUAUUGGCGACAGUUAUGAGACUCCAGCAAAAAAGACCUGUAUUCAAAAUGAUUUGUCCCCUGACCUGGGGUACUUCAGCCCUCCUUCAAGAGCAGAUUCAGUUUCCCCUUUUUCCACAUCUUUUGCUGUCCUUUUAAAUGACACAAAAGAUGUGAGCAAGGAAACAAUUGAAACUGUGAGCUCUCCGCUGCAGUUAGAGCAGGUGGAAGGUAAACCCCUGUCCUUAGGAGAGAGGGUGGACAAUGGGACUGUUCUGCACAGAUUGACGUGUGAUGGGGCAGACUCAAAGCAAACUGUGGUACAAGAUGAGGGUCCCGUGGAGUGUUUAGAGGGUGAGGUUGAAGAUGCAUGGAACAUUGGUUCCUCUAUUUCGAACUCAUCCAUGUUUGAAGCCACACCCGCUGGAGAGGAAUUCACUCUUGACACUUCAUACGAGCCCUCAUUACCCCUCCAAGUUCAGGUGAAAUCCGUAGUGGUGAAUCCAAAUCGGCGCACGGAAACGGCAGCACCCACUAAGGUCAUCGUACCCAUCAAAUGGAGCGCAGAGGACAACAGACUUUAUGCACCUGCAGUCAGCAGUGCCAGCACUCAAAGGCCGGUGGUCUUUGUCACGAAGGGGGACUGGGAGCGUGAGAAACGGCUCUAUGUCCAUUCUGUCACAAGGCACAUGAAGGAGCAUCCAGGAGCAAAUAAAGAUGCCAUGAGUGAGCUGAUGACGCUGAUGAACAGUGUGGCUGAUCAGUCACCGGGCGCUGACGGCAAACAGUGGCAGCAUCCCUCCGAUCUGACACGCAGGAACUACCAAAGAAGGCUUGGAAGAGAGACGCCUAAAAUGACCCUACAUGAAUGGAAAACUGAGACCAUUCCAACACGCAAGCGCUUUGCCAAGGUGCCGAAAACAUUUAAACGGAGUUCAUUUUUGUAAGUUAAGGACUUGUGGAACUCCUAAUAAUUCAAAAGGCUGGACUUAAUUUGUGAUUUGUAAAUGUGUGUGUUUCUCUCUGCAAUGUUUGUCCCUGUUAGAGAAAACUAAUGCAUGUUUUAAGGGGUUUGAUAGUGUGUGAAUUAUGCUAAGAAACAAGCACCCACUUGUUUCAAGCAUCUUAAAUAACAUUCCUUUUUUACAAUAUGAUAAACUAUGCCUGUUUUAAUGUGUAUAUAAGUUCUCUUCUGCUGUUUGAAAUGUAUUUUGUGUGUGUUAAGAAAUAUUCCCAGUUCAUGUUUACUCUGGAUAUGAUUAAAAACACUCCGGCCCUUAUCUGUUCUUGUCUUUUGGGAGACUUGUAUAUCUCCAAAUGUUUCUUCAAAUAAUUCUGAAAGGGUUUGCAGAAUUUAAAGUUUCAAUUGAACACAUUUCAACCCAUUAUCAAUCUUUGUUCACUUUUUGUACUACUUGUCAAGCCUAGUGUUCAGACUGUAGGGCAACAAGUUGGUUUGAAGUGCAAUGCUUUGUAAUUAGUGACAUGAAUGUAUCAUAUUGUCCUGGAAAUGUUUACCAAGAGGUUGUAUCCAGCUUUGAAUAAUAAGCUGUAUACAAUCAUGUAAAUGAACAAUAUUGCACAUUUGAACAAAAACUGAAGAAAUAGUUACAAAUAUUAUAUUACUCCUCUUUAUGACAUAACAGUCAAAAUAGCUUUGUAUUUCUAAUGUUAUUCAAUACAUUUCAUUUGGGGGCUGGCACAGAUGUUGUGCCAGACACAUUUGCAUGCUAUAAGCAGGAAGUAAGUGUUCAUUAAGGGCAGUUCACCCACACCAUAUAAACAUUCAUGAGCCAUACCCUAAAUUGUUAUAUUAAAAACAUUUUCCAUUAA